AUGUCUUCUCUUACUCGUCGCGCGUGCUACAAAUGUGGUAACGUUGGGCAUUAUGCCGAAGUCUGUACCUCGUCUGAGAGGCUGUGCUACAACUGCAAACAACCGGGCCACGAGUCCAACCAGUGCCCUUUGCCGCGCACUACUGAGACCAAACAAUGCUACCAUUGCCAGGGUCUAGGUCACGUCCAAGCUGACUGCCCAACCCUGCGUAUCAGCGGCGGGCCUGCGGGUGGUCGCUGCUACUCAUGCGGGCAAAUCGGUCACUUGGCUCGCAAUUGCCCUACUCCCAGUGCCGCACCGGCUCCUCGUGGCGGUCGCGGCGGCUAUGGCAGUGGGUUCCGUGGUGGUUACAGUGUUGUCAACAACCGAGCCGCGACCUGCUAUAAGUGCGGCGGGCCAAACCACUAUGCUCGGGACUGUCAGGCUCAAGCUAUGAAAUGUUACGCCUGUGGCAAACUGGGCCACAUCUCUCGGGAUUGUACCGCACCAAAUGGCGGUCCAUUGAACGCGGCAGGAAAGACCUGCUACAAGUGCGGUCAACCAGGCCAUAUCAGCAAAGACUGUACCACCGCCGAAACCAACGGUCAAGCCGCUCCAGUGACUAACGGAGCCUCUGCUGAGGGGACGUCCGCCGUCCCUGCGGCAGAAUCUAACGACAUUGCUGCCGCUGCCGCUCCUGCUGCAGCUGUGGCAUGA